GGAAUACAGCUGGAAAAAGAUCAAUCUUUGAUGUUAUGAAAUUAUUUGUGCUGCAUUAUUUGUGGCAUAUCAAAGGCUUGCAUAUUCCGAAUCUUUGGUCGGAGAUUGUCCCAUCUGUUUUUGAUUCCGAGGGGGCGUGUGAGUGAGCUGGUAUAUGCAAAUUAGAGCUAGAGUGAGGCUAGCAGCACAUUCGCACAACUGCGCAUCCGCGGGUUGGACGUAGCGAAGGUGGGGGAGUCGAUCGGGGACAAAAGUUUUUGAGUAGAUGGACGUUAACUGCCUCAGAUAACGACAUUUCUGACCGAAAACUGUCGGAUUUUCCAACGCCAAGAUGCCGACCAGUAGCCAGGCUGACAGCAUCAAGGGCUCCGAGUCGCCCCACAACAGCGGCGAGGAUACAGAAGACGAGGAGGAGUCCGAGGUUCUGGAGGACUCGCCCUGUGGGCGAUGGCAGAAGCGCCGUGAGGAGGUGAAGCAAAGAGAUGUGCCUGGCAUAGAUGCAGCAUUCCUGGCAAUGGACACAGAAGAAGGUGUGGAAGUGGUGUGGAAUGAGGUCGAUAAGAUAAGAGCUGUCUUCGACAACUUGAUACAACUGGAACACUGCAACAUUGUGAAAUUCCACAAAUACUGGACAGAUGGGAAAACUGACAAGCCAAGGAUUAUUUUCAUCACGGAGUACAUGUCAUCAGGGUCCCUGAAGCAAUUCCUCAACAAAACCAAGAAGAAUCACAAGAGCAUGAACCUCAAGGCCUGGAAAAGAUGGUGUACACAAAUACUGUCUGCACUCAGCUACCUGCAUAGUUGUGAUCCCCCGAUCAUCCACGGUAACCUGAACUGUGACACAAUCUUCAUCCAACACAACGGGCUGAUCAAGAUUGGCUCAGUUCUACAGAGGAUAGAUGUCAGUGACGUUGCACCUGAUGCAAUCCAUAACCAUGUCAAGACGUACAGGGAGGAGCAGAGACAUAUGCACUUCAUCGCUCCGGAAUACGGAGGAAAGGCUCCUGUAAAUACAGCAGUUGACAUCUACUCAUUUGGGGUCUGUGCCUUAGAGAUGGCAGUUCUGGAAAUUCAGCCCAAUGGAGAGGGAACGUUUGUGUCCAAGGAAGCCAUUGAGAAGGCAAUUGAGAAGGUAGAAGAUCCAAAACAAAAAGAUUUCAUUGUCAAGUGUCUUACUGAGGACCCAGUGAAGCGCCCUACUGCCCGUGAGCUGCUCUUUCACCAUGUACUGUUUGAGGUCCACUCCCUCAAGUUGUUAGCUGCACACAACUUUGUCAACAAACAAAGAAUACUACCUGACAACAUCGAUGAACUUGUCUUAAGUGAGCAAGACAAAGUGCUUGCUUCCAUCCAUCAUGCUGAUGGGAGGCCAUCUUGUCAACUGAGGAUGUGUGAUGUUCCUGCAUUAGAGCUGGAGAAAUUCCUGGAGGAUGUCAAAAAUGGCAUCUACCCACUGACAGCUUUUGCCAUGCCACAUCCACAAGUGUCCAAACCCCGUCCUGUCUCCCCGGAGGUAGCAGAGUCUGAGAAAAGUGCCACACCAGAGCCGGUGGAGAUGGAGAACAGACGAGUGAAGAAAAUGAGCUGUGAUGUGAAAGGACCUGAAGAAGGCCAAGACACUCUGUCUUUGACUAUUAGAAUAAGAUUUGAAGACAAGAUGAACAGACAGCUGAGUUGCGAGUUCAAGCCAUUGGAGGAGCCUUUGCUGUUAGCUAAUGAGCUGGUAGAGUAUGGCUUCAUCUGUGAACAAGACAAGGAGAAGAUUGCUAAACUGAUAGAGGACCACAUUAAGCAGCAACAACAAGUCCCUCCCCCUCAAGUUUCACCUCCUACAGGAGUCACAGCAGUGGUGACCACAGCCGCCACAGCUGUCACAACAAGUGCAUAAAGAAUUGAAAGAGAUUCUCAAACUUUUCCAGGGCUGUCUCCAGGACCUUUCCCUCCAUCCAGGGACUGAAAUUGUGCUUUUGGGGACAUGCAAAAAGUUCACCCCAUCCAACCCAAAAAUGUUAACUCCACGAACUGAAAAUGUAUUUUCUUAAUUGCCAAAUUCGACAGAUUCAACAAUGCACGGAAAUUAACAACGUGGGCUGCCAGAUUCCCAUUGGAUCAGAUUUACUUCUGAAAAUGUGUGAAACAGCAUUUCCUAGGGUUUGGAUGUCCAACAUUUUUCGGGGAGCAUGUCCCUGUACCCACAUUCUCCCCCCAUCCAUGCUGGCCUCUGCCCCCACCCCACCCAUUGAGUGGGACAGACAAACAUUAAAAGCUGGAGACAGCCCUGUGCUCCCCUCUGUCCUUUCCAGUUUCUUCCUUGUAUCAUGGAGCUGCCUUUAUUCCAUUUGAUUUAAACUCGUCUGAGAAAGAGACAAGAAAAAGUGCUUAUGAUACGUCUGAAGGACAGGGUUUCAGCAAUGCUGAUGUUAAGCUUUAAGUGCCUAAAAUGUAAUGUCAAUGUCUAAAGAGUAUUAGCUUUCCAUUGUAGCCUGGGGUCAUCAUUGUGAAUUGCUAUGUUUUAUUCCAGUUGAAACCCCAGCUUCAGUGCUGCAUAUCUACCUGUACUUGUAGGGCCAGUUCUUAUACCAGUGCAGUUUUAUGUAUUAGGUAUGAGUACAUGUAUAUUGCCAUAUGUUCAUUGUAUGUAAUUUUUGCAUUUGCUACAAGAAUGCAUGAUCUAUAAUCUUUGUUGAUAAUUACAGUCUCAGGACCACAGGUGGCGCACUGCAAUGUACUUAGGAAAACAAAAUUCGCAACCAGCCAAAAGUCUUUAGCUGUGCAACUGAAUUCUUAGGAUCAUUAAAAUGAUGAUGAAGAAAAUAUUGGUAUAAAGAAGACUGUUAUGAGGCCACAGUGAAGUCUUACAUGUACAUGUUCACAUUGAUAUGUGAAUCAGAAUGUUAUGCUUCACUGCCAGAAAUUCAAGGAGACAACUGGAAUCUAGCCUAAGGUUGUCCUGCACUAGAUGUUAAACGGAAAAAGAAAUUAUUUGCGCCUCAAUGAAUGGAAAGCAUUGAAUGCAGGCUUCAAGUUAGUUACAAGUGCCAAAGACUUGUGUAUCUGAAGUUAACUCUCUGAGCCACUAUUGUUUAAUGUCAUUAAAAGGUAACAUGUAAAUCCACUUAGCUAGGAAUAUGCAGGGUCAAUUGUUUAACAGUUAUUAUCAAUUUCAUUUACUAUAUUCCAAGGUAUUUUGUAAAACGAAUACUACUUGUCUGAGGUUAGGGAAAAUUGAAGGGAACUUGUUUUCAUCCCCAACUUUAGAUCUAAUUCCGGAAAGGUUAUGGGGCCACUUGGGUAAAAUGUACUUAUCCAAAAGUGGUAAUUUGUAAAUAUGUCGCAUAAUUUUAACAACUGAAGGCCAUGUGAAUAGGUAGACAUACAGAUAAUGUUACUUUUGCAUACUGUUCCUAUGUUAUUGCACGUUAUAUAUAUAGUUAUCUUGCUUCAGGUUAUUGUUUUUAACGCCAUAUUUAUCUUUUAGAUUAAAACAUGAAUGUUGAGCCACUUUAAACAUCCCAUUAGAUAAGUUAGACGACCAAUAUUGUAUUGCUGCACAAUGAGAGCAGUUUAUAUUAAUAGGUGUUUUGUGGUUGGACUAUAUAUCCCAAACCCAUCUUUGGGAUCAUGCAUACGUUGUAUGUUUCUGUAGAAUUUGAUCAUUAAUUGCACACAUUUUGGAGCAGUAACUUAUGGCAUGAUGUGAACGAUCUCUGCCAGAUCAUCAAGUUGCUUGAACAAUAUUAGAAAUUGGCAAUAGGAGUUACCCAGCCAUAGAGUCACAAUUUGAAACCAACAUGCAGCAGACAAGUCUGUACUCCAAUGACUAGAUAAGAUAUUCCCUGACCAAUUCCCACAGUUUUAUCAGUCUGCCAAAUGACUUGGAAUUCAAGUCUAACUUAGGGCAAUUUAGUGUAAUGAAAACAUCAGUUGUUCUGUGCAACACGGUAUUGUUGAAUAAAACAUAGUUUUAUUCAUAGGUUGUUGUGAUCAGCCAACCCUGAAAUAUUGCUGACCCUAAUAUGAGCACCUGUAAUGGCAAUAGUUCUAUGUUUACUGUUCUUAAUAUGUUAAAACAAUAAAAGCAAGUGAAUGAUCA